AUGAAGUUGCUCCUUCCAACUUCUCUGUCGGCAGUUGUAGCCACAGCUCUAGCAUCACCCUCGGUCAAUAUUGACGCUGGCACUGUCAAGGGUGGAAAGUGCAGUGGUGGACAAGGUGCGGUCUAUUACAAGGGCAUUCCGUUUGCCGAGCCUCCCAUCGGGGACUUGCGAUUCGAACCUCCUAAGAGCUACAGCCAAAAGUACUCCGACGGAGUACUUGAGGCAACUAAUCCUGCUCCAUCUUGUAUUCAAUUUGGAACUCAAACUGUUCCAUCCGGGGCCAAGUCUGAAGACUGCCUCUACUUGGACAUUUGGGCUCCAUCUAACGCGACCAAGGACUCCAAACUUCCUGUGAAGGUUUGGGUCUUUGGUGGAUCCGACACAGAAGGCGGCAUUGAGUACCCUCUGUAUGACGGCUGCAACUUGGCUGAGAAAGACACAAUUGUGGUGUCACUGAACUACCGACUGGGACCCCUCGGUUUCUUGGCACUAGACGGUGCCGGAUACCAUGGAAAUCAAGGAAUCCAAGACCUGAUCCUCGGAUUCGAAUGGGUCAAGAAAAGCAUUUCUGCUUUUGGCGGCGACCCCGAAAAGGUUCUUGCUUUCGGGCAAUCGGCUGGUGCCACCGAUGUGUACACCCUUACAACUCUCGCUGAGGCACCAUCUCUCUUCAAGAGCGCUAUCAUUGAAUCGAUCGCUUUACCCCAAUUGACAGACAAAUCCAUUGCCCAAAAGCUCGGUGUGUCGUUUGCGAAAGGCCUUAAAUGCAGUCGCACGGACAAAUCAUGCCUGCGGUCCAAGUCCUCGGCAGACCUCCAGAAAGCAUUUUAUGCCGAUACAUACAUGAAUUCCGGCAUCGGGGGCCUUUCCGGAAUUGGUAGUUCCAGUAGGCAGACACCCGAAUUCUGGCCAAUUGUGGAUGGCACAGUCGUCAAGGAGAAUCCUCUCGAUCGCGGCGCACAAGUCCCGACAGUCUUUGGCUCCACACUCAUUGCAAACCUCACGGCGGCAGAUUACAAGAAUUUCCUCCGAGGAGACUGGGGCAGUGCGGCUUCGAUGAUCGAGAAGCAUUACCCUCUUUCCAAGUUCGAGUCCGAAGCCAAGGAACUCGGAUUGACAGCAGGAUCCGGUGUCUUUAAAGCUAUUGCCCAGGUCCUCACAGACGCACACUUCAAAUGUCCGACGUACCAGAGUGCGCUUAGCACUGCGCGAAACGGCAAAGCGACAUGGGCCUAUGAGUUCACUCACAACAAUACCUGUGCAUGGUUAGACACGCUUGUUGCCCUCGGAGACAAUUUGCCAUUCCUCGGUGCCGCGCAUACUGCCGAAAUUCCAUAUGUAUUCAGCAACUUGGAUUUCAGCUACCCCGCAGAGAACUACACCUGCAGCAGCUCGCAAGCUGAGCGGAAGUUGAGCAACGAGAUGAUCAGCCUGUGGACUGCGAUGGCGGAGAAUGCCAAGCCAUCAACAGAGGCUAUUCAAUGGCCGGAUUUCAAGAUCACAUCAACAGGCUCAAAGACCCCCGGCAUGGUCUUUGGCAACUCGAGUACGCCUGGAGAGAUUGACUACUCCAUGUGCAAGCUAUGGGCUCAGAUCAGCGCCAAGUUGGAUAAAGGAAACACCACGGCCGGGCCUUCGGCUUCGUCGACCACUGCAGCUUCGCCUACUAGCUCUUCGGCGUUCAGCGGUGGAGUCACUGUUUCGCCUUCACUUAAGUAUUCGCUUCUGUUGAGUGUUGCUUUGAUAGGAGCUACUGUCCUGGUUUGA